GACAGGGAGCUUAACUCCUGACAAGAAAAAAAGAGUAGUGUGGGUGCACUAGAGCCACUCUCCUUGAGUCCAAGUAGAGCCAGUUUGGAUAGUGGUGACAUUGGAGCCUCCAUAGGUCAGAUCUCUCUCUCUCUCCACUCUUCGGUGGGGUGUAAGCAGAGCCCCAGACCCCCUUCAAAGGGCUGUAACGGUGGCAGCUAAGUCUAGAUGAUCCAGGUGGACUUACACCAGGGGCUCCAGUGGACAGGAGGACAGGCAGAGAGAGGACACUUUAAUUUGUUCCAGAUGAAAUAUUUGGCUUCCCAGAUCUUGUUACCUUAACUGGACUUUGCGAGGAUGUGAAAAAAAUGGACUGCAUAUUUUUCUGGGAGGUGACAAGACUCCAGAUCAAAUUGGAAUGCUGAAAGGUACCUCUGACCAGCCAAGGAAUAGAAGUACCAAUGGAUGAUUUCAUGAGGAUUGUUCCAUACACUCAGUAACUGCAACCCAUAUCUAAAAGGCUGUCACUUGUUGAACAUGAAGUGUUCAGAACCAUGAGCACCAACCCAAAGAAAAUGGCGGAAGGCGGCACACACCUCAGUCCUGGUAUCCCCUCCAAACGGGCCAAAGUUUCCCAGGACCAGGUAGUUCCGGAAACAGGGGACCCAGAUCGAACCCCGCCGGUGUUCGUGCGCAAACUCCGCAAGGCUGCAGUGGGGACAGGGUGUGAUAUCCGCCUGAGGGUGUCUGUGAGGGGUCAACCUGCCCCCUCUCUGUUUUGGUACCGUAACAAUGAGCUCCUGGCCCCGCCUGGGGAGAAGGAUGUUGGGGGUCUGUGGAUCAGGGAUUGCAAGGCCAGUGACGCUGGUCUCUAUACCUGCGUGGCCAGCAACUGCCUGGGGGAGGCUCAGAGCAGCGGCCUUCUUGCCGUUAUGGACCUGGGAGAAGACUCUGAAACCACAGAGGAUGAAGCCACGGAGCCCCAGGUACCCAUGGAAACCAAGGAAGGACCUGGCGGGUGGCACCAGGACAAGGCUGGCCAUAGAGUGCCUGCAGGUGAAGGAUGUAGGAUGAUGGACUCCAGCCCUGACCGGAGGGCCACCCUUCCUGGGGGCCAUGACCCAGUGGUGGAGAGGGAGCUCAUGUCUUUGGGCUCGCGGCCCCCAGGGGCCCAGGACCCAACCCACCCCGGCAGGAUCCCAUCUCCUUCUCUCCCCCAAACCCAAACAGGCCCAUCCUUCAGUCCUGCCUCACUCCAGUCCAGUCAAACUGUAUCCCAACCCACAACAUCCUUCAGCUCCCAUAAGAACAGUGUCACCUCACACAGUACCCAGGACCCUUCCCUAGGAGGAGCUGUGGUCAAAAACAAACUCCCAGGGAUGUUUUCAGGAGCCUCCUCCCAUACUUCAAGCAGCGGCAGCAGUGGUGGCAAGACACCCAAACUGGCCCGUGCUGCACCCAAGAUCUUUGACAAGAUCAAGGAGUUUGAACAAAAGGUGAGUGAGGUGAGUGCGGGGGUCAGAUCUGGGCGGUCUUUCGGCCGGGCGGCAUCCUGCAAUCUGGAGGGGGUCUCCAAAGAGGAGGGGACAAGCCAGCCGGAUGCCGCGGCCUCGAGGCGCUCCACGUUCGGAAAGAAGAGGGCCUCGUCUUUGGAGGACAAACCAAGCUACCAGCAGAGGGUCCAGAGCUUCCAGAACAAGUUCACAGAGGAGCUGGCCAGGAUCAAGAAGCUGGUGGGGAGGCCCAACCUGAAGAAGGCCUACUCCACCGAGCAGUUGCCCCAGAUGGAGAGACGGUCCGUGGGCAAGCUGGAGCCUAUUCCCCCUCAGGUGGUCAAGAAGCUGGAAGAGAGGGAGAAGGUCCUGGAGGAGAGAGGACUAUUAGGGAAGAGUGUUGAAGAGAGUGUUUCGUCCCGAAAAUCAUCCCAAUCCCAUGAGAAGGGUCUGACAGAUCAAAGGAAUGUUCCGCAACGGGAGCAGUAUGAUUCAGCUUCAGCGUCAGCUCAGCCGUCUGAGUCUAAAAGUGUGGGGAAAGGCUCUGUUUCCAUGGAGACAGUACUGGUUAACCAGUUACCAGGACGACGAUCACCCUCAUCAAGAGUCACGCGGAAAAGCCCAACCAGGGAGGUCCUUCGGAGCUCUCCCGCAGCAGCGAAGCCUCCACACACGGCCGAGGAACAACCACCUGUAUCUCCAACACCCAAAGGGCCUUUGGCUGAUAAAGAGCUGGAGCAGCCUCCACCCAGGAUGGACCACCCCGGGUCUCCAACCCCUACCGCACAAAGAGCACCGUCUACCUACCCCAAAGGGCCUUCCUCUCCUAAAGAUCUUGAGAAACCUCUACACCACCGCAGGCCUCCAAGCCCCAGGUCUCCAAGCCCCACUAUGCAGAGAGGACCAUCACCGACCCCUGCCAAAGAUCCAGCCUCCGCCUAUCCCCCCAAGCCCCCACGACUGUCCCCCACCCCCAUCUCCACCCCUUCCAUCAGCCCUCUAAUGAAGAGACGGAAGGGAGAGCCGGGGAGGACGUCUCCCGCGCUGAAGAUGACCAUUCCUACCAUCCUGGUGGAGGACGAGCUCAUGGAAAUGGAAGAGGAUGAGGCCGGAGAGAAGAGAGAGAGAGAAAAGACGAGAAGAGCAGGGAAGAGGGAGGACAGGGCUUCCAAGACUCAGAAGAAGGGAAAAGUCUCGGGAAAGUCUUGGGAAAGUCAGCCUAUGUCUCCUGAGACAGGAGACGAUUCAGAUGACUCUUACAUGUCGGCAGAUGAGGGGCCAGCUGAGAAACCAGCGUUUGAGAGGCCCCUGGGGGACACCAUCGCCACCGCUGGCUCUGAGGUCCUGCUCAAAUGUGUCAUCACUGGCAGCCCCCUCCCAACAGUGACUUGGAAGAAGAGUAACGUUCUGAUAAGGAGCAGCCCGUCCCAUGUGGUCAAGGCUGAGGGGGAGCAGCACUCCCUACUGAUAACCCAGAUGAGGCCUGGAGACGCCGGGACGUACUGCGUCACCGCUGUCAACGCGGCCGGGAAAGCAUCCUGCAACGCCACGCUCUACAUCAAAUCAGAGCUGACCAAGGUGCAUGGUGGGAAGCCGAGCAGCUUGCCCCUGGUGGAGGUCACGAGUCCCCUCCAAUCAGACGAGGAGUACCUGAGCCCCCUGGAGGAGGUCAUGGAGAUUGGAGAACCACCCUCACGAGGGGUGGGGCCACAGUCUAAAUAUGCCUUCUUCAAAGAUCCUCCCUCCUUUCAGGCAGCACUGAAUGACCACGGGGUGACAGAGGGACAGGAGGUUACCAUGUCUGUCAAAGUUAGAGGACAGCCUAAACCUAUGGUGUACUGGCUGAGGGACAAAGUGACCCUAAAAACCAGUGGUAGAUUCAUUGUUCGUGAGACAGAGGACGGCACCAGUGAAAUGAUCAUCACUUCAGCACAGAGAUCUGAUGCAGGACUCUACACCUGCAAGAUCAUCAACGAAUAUGGAACCAAGCAGAGCGAAUGCAAACUAGAGGUCAAAGCCUCCCCGGCACAGGAAGCCCUGGCCAUCAUCAGAGAGGUGCGAGACGUGGCGGUGAGGGCCGGAGAGUCGGCCAUGUUUGAGUGUCACAUGACUGGGCCUCUGGAUGUGGAGGUAGACUGGCUGUCCAAUGGUAAACUGGUUCAGCCGGCACUGCUCAACUGCAAGAUGACCUUUAACGGGAAGAGGUGCCGGCUGCUGUUAAACUCACUACAUGAAGACGACAGUGGAACAUACACCUGCAAGCUGAGCACUGCCAAAGAGGAGUUGACCUCCAGUGCCCACCUAAAGGUCACUCCCUCCAGGGAGCCCCUGUUCACCCGCAAGCUGGACAUCCUGGAGGUCAUAGAGGGUCGCACCGCCCGUUUUGACUGCAAGGUCAGCGGGUCCCCACCUCCCGUCGUUACCUGGAACCAUUUCGAGAACCCGGUGGAGGAGAGUGAGAAUGUGCGUCUCCUGCAGGAAGGAGGUCGUUACUCAUUGGUCAUCACUCACGUCAGCAGUGACACGGAGGGCUUCUACACAGCCGUCGCUAAGAACGCACGUGGAAAGGCGGAGUGCACAGCCGAACUCUACAUGCAGGAACCGCGGCCCGCUAUCUCUUCUCACAUGGCGAAGCUGGAGAAGAUGCCUUCCAUCGCUGAGGAGCCGGAGGUUCUGGAGAGCGAGGUGGAGCAGGAGCAGAGGACCAUGCCUGACUUCGUCAAGCCCCUGGCUGACCUGGAGAUGAUCGAGGGGAAGGAGGCGGUGCUAAAGUGUAAGGUGGCGGGCCUGCCCUACCCCACCAUCGCCUGGUACCACAACGGCAAGAAGAUACACAGCACAGACGACAGGAAGAUGACCCAGCACAGGGAUGUCCACAGUCUGGUCAUCCGCUGUGUGUGUCACGGCCAUGGGGGCGUCUACAAGAGUGUCAUCUCCAACAAAGUGGGGAAGGCAGCCUGCUACGCACACCUCUACAUCACAGAUAUUGUUCCUGAUCCCCCCGAUGGUCCUCCAGUGGUAGAGUCCAUAACAGGGAAGACCAUAACACUCAGCUGGAAGAAACCAAAGAGGCUUGACUCUUCCAUAGAUGGCAGUUCUUUGAUGUAUGCGGUGCAGCAGCAGCCUCUGGGUUCCAUCCAGUGGAGCAUCAUAGCCUCCAACCUGAGAGAGACCACCUACACAGUCACUGGUCUCUCCAAGGGAGUCCGCUACGCCUUCAGGGUCCUAGCGGCCACCGCCAAACUCCUCAGCAAACCCUCCCCCUCCACUGACCUGGUGCAGCUCAUGGAUAGAGGUCCCUAUCUGAGGAAAGCUCCCAUCAUCCUGGACAAGCCUGACGUUGUGUACGUGGUGGAGAACCAGUCCGUGAGCAUCACCCUCACCCUUAACCACGUCAAUGCUGUGGUCACCUGGAAGAGGAGGGGAGUGGUUUUGCUCAACAAGCCAGGGAUGUUUGAGAUGAGCAUGCCAGACGAUGAUCAACACACCCUAAAGAUCCAGAGGGUGAAGAGCACUGACACCGGUCAGCUGGUCUGUACAGCCAACAACCAGUUUGGCAGUGACCUCUGUACCAUCCUACUGGCCAUGGGAGUGCGUCCUAAAUUUGAGUCCAUCAUGGAGGACUUGGAAAUACAUGUUGGAGAGACAUCUCGCUUUGCUGUGGUUGUCGAGGGACAACCCGAUCCUGAUAUUCUGUGGUACAAGGAUGACACUCUGCUGUCGGAGAGCAGUCACUUCACCUUUGUGUACGAUGAUACAGAGUGUUCCCUGGUGGUGCUGAACGCCCGGCCUGAGGACUCAGGGGUGUACACCUGCACCGCCAAGAACUUGGCUGGGCAAGUCUCCUGCAAGGCUGAACUCACCGUCCACAAAGUGAGGAAGGAGGUGGUGGAGCCCAUGGAGGAUGAGGGGUCCAUUUUGAGGAAGAUGCGGAGGCUGACUGAUUACUACGAUGUACACAAGGAGAUAGGACGUGGGGCGUUCUCCUAUGUGAAGAGGGUGACUGAGAAGAAGGGGAAGGUGGAGUACGCGGCCAAGUUCGUGUCUGCGAGGGCCAAGAGGAAGGCCUUGGCCCUGAGAGAGAUGAACCUUCUGUCAGAGCUGAACCAUGAGAAAAUCCUCUACUUCCAUGACGCCUUUGAGAAGAAGAACAUGGUUGUCAUCAUCACUGAGCUAUGCCAUGAGGAACUUCUGGACCGAUUGACCAAGAAGACUACCGUCAUGGAGUCUGAGAUCCGGUCCAGUAUUCAGCAGGUGCUUGAAGGGGUCAGCUACCUUCACCAGAAAGAUAUUGUUCAUCUUGACAUCAAGCCUGAGAACAUCCUCAUGGCAGGCCGACACAGUGACAAUAUCCGCAUCUGUGACUUUGGCAAUGCCGUCAAGCUGGAGACCAAUGAAGCCCACUACUGCAAAUACGGCACUCCGGAAUUUGUUGCCCCGGAGAUCGUUAACCAAACGCCGGUCUCCAAGGCAACAGACAUCUGGCCUAUUGGGGUUAUCACUUACCUAUGCCUGACUGGUGUGUCUCCUUUCGCUGGGGAGAACGACAGAUGCACCGUCCUCAACAUUAGGAACCAAAAUGUGGCUUUUGAGGAGAGUAUGUUUGCUGACCUCUGUAGAGAGGCCAAGGGAUUCGUCAUCAAACUGCUGGUGGCUGACAGACUGAGGCCUAACGCUACAGAGAGCCUUCGCCACCCCUGGUUCAAGACUUCAAUAAAAGACAAGAGCAUCAACACAGCGAUCCUAAAGCAGGUCUUAUCUCGAAGACGUUGGCAGCGUUCCCUCAUCAGCUACAAAUCUAAGAUGGUGAUGCGCUCCAUCCCUGAGCUUCUCAACGACUCGUCCAACCACAUCUCCAUCGCUGUGGCCCGUCACCUCAAAGAGGGCUCGCCCCCACCCUCCUCAUCCUCCGACUCAGACGAAGAUGUGGACGAACUCCCCUUCAUCCCCAUGCCUCUGUCUAUGGUCUUCUCCGGCUCCAGGGUCUCCCUCAACGAGAUACCAGGUGAUGAGGACGUCACAGGACCGCCUUCCAGGUCCAAUGGGACAGUGGAAGGGGGGUGGUUAACCCGGCACAGGGAACAGCCCAUAGAGGAGGUGGUGUCCAAAAAGGAGGCCAAGGAAUUAGGAGGAAGCAGAGGAACGAGAAAAAGGGUAACAACCGAGGAAGAUGGCGGGUCUUCGGAAGAGGAGAAGACUGCAGUUAAAACGAAGAGAGUCCCCCUGAAGAAGGGCUCGAGUGUGGAGGAGGAUGACACUCAGACGAAGUCCCGGAGAGCGACGAUGAGGAGGGGCAGUUCAGCUGACUCGGCCCUGCUUCUACACAUUGAGCCAGAGGAGGGGGCUGUGGAGGAGGGCAAGGAAGACAGCGGCAAAAAAAGCCUUAAAAAGGCAGUUUCCAUGGAGCUACCAAAUCGCAGCCCCAGCCCUGGGGCGGCUAAGAUGAGCCAGGAGGACUAUGCCCUCAAACUGGAGCUGAUGAGACAGAGGCUGCUGAGGGGAGGAAACAGCAAAAGCGGCCUGCGAGGUCCCCUGCUGGAGACCCUAGGAAUGGAUGACGAGAGGCGAACCUCGUCCCUGGACAGAAACUUGAGGAGAUCCAGGGUGGGGGCGCCAGAGCGGUCGCUGGCCAGAGCAGCCUCUACCGAAAGUGCAGUGGAGGACACAUCCAAAACCAAAAUGUUCCAGAAGAGUUCCUCUUUCAGUCAGGGAGACUCGGAGCCCAUGCCCCUACACCGGCAGUUUGGAGCCCCCUUAGAGAUCCCCACUAGCACAUCUAGCCAGAGCACUGAGAGGAGAGACAGUGCUGAAAGGACCCAGGGCAUUGAGAGGAACGCACAGGGGAAAGACCUCCAGGAGGCCACUUCCAUAUCAGCAAUUACGGAGCAGACCAGGCUGGAUUCCAGACCUUACUCUCAUGGGCCCUCCUCCUCCAUACAGCCCACCCCAGUCAAAGAGGACCAAGGAGCGAGGGAAGAGAAAGAGCCAGAGGAGAAGAAGAAGAGCAAGUCUGAGGAGACUUCUGAAAAGGAUGAAGAUAUGGAGAGAAGGACCAAAGCACAGGAGAGGGUUGAUAGACACGAGUCGAAGAGGGACAUUUCCCAGGGCAGGUCUCCUACUGUGUUAGCUCCUGUGAUCGUCAUAGAGGAGGAGGAUACUGAGGAAGAUGAACAGAAAGAAAAGCAGGAGAUAGAGUUAAAGAAAGAAGAGGUGAAAGCAAAAGGUUGGGAUUCUCCAGGGGUUACACCUACAGAAAAAAACUCUGCGUAUGCCAACGUGAUGCAAACUAUUGUAGUACCAUCUGGAAAACCUGACAGCAGCCGGAGAUCUCAAUCUACACCUAGCCCCACAUUUCCUGAACACCCUGCCGUCUUCGCCAAGGUGGCCACCGAACGCCCAACAAGCCCAACCAUCUCGACUAGCUCGUCUACGGUCCCAGACCGCCCCACCACCCCACGCCAACCUACCACGCCACUCAGAACAGAUAUCAAGGACAUCGACUCGGAGGAGGUCUUUGAAUCCAGGUUCAAGAAGCGUGAGUCAUCCCUUACCCGUGGGCUCCGGAGACUUACCAGGACCAAAUCAGAAGAGAAGUCCCCGACCCUUCCCCGUAAGACAGGCGAGGGUGAGGAGGUAUACCGGCCGGGGCGUCUGGGGGCGCCGCUGGAGAUGGUGCCCCAAGGAUUGCAGGAGAAGUCCAAAUCCGUCCAGGACUUGAGGGAGGUGGAUAGAGACACAGGGUCCCUGGGCAUCAUUGGACGGUUCUCCAUGCGCACCAAGAGGACACCGUCCAUAGAUAAAAAGGAGGAGAAGUCAAAGGAGACUGAGCCUGCGGCCAGUAAGCGCAGGGUGUCCUGGGCCAUAGGUCGCAGUAAGAGUCUGGACACGACAGAGCUGGACAAUAUAGAGGUACGGAGAGAGCAGGAUUCGAGAGAACGCAAAAAGAUGGAGGAGUCGUCUGUCUUCGCCAUGCGGCGGAAGUUCGAGAACAAAGUAGCGGGUAUCUCAGCCAGUUUGAGGAGCAAGUCAGAGGAAAGGAAGGAAGAGAAAGAGGCCAAGCGACGCAUGGAGGAAGAGAAAAGUCGGAAAGAUGCAGAAGAAAAGGAUUUUAAGAAGGUCAGCGAUUCCCCCGUCUUGGCGAUGAGGAAGAAGUUUGAGAACAAGGUGGCAGGAAUUUCUGGGAAAGUCCGAAGCCAGUCAGAGGAUAGGAAAGAGAUGGAGGAAGAGAAGCCAGAGGGAAAGAAAACUCCACUGUUUUCCCGUCAUCGACAUUCCCAGUCCGAGGGAAGAGGUCUUAAAGAGAUGGGGAUCCCAGAGAAUCAGCUAGCCAAACAGACAAACAAAGAAUCCAAAGUGUCCAAGGAAUCCAUUGGGUCUGCAUCAAGCCUUCAUUCCGAAAAGUCAAAAAGUCAAAAGUCGCUCACUCCAGAGACUGACAGGCGGUCGCGGUGGGACAGGUGGGGUCUGGGCAGGAGCAGGAAGGACAAGACCCCCUCUCAGACUGACCUCCACUCAGCCAAAGACUUCCCUCCUGUGUUCCACAUCAAGCUGAGGGACCACGUCUUAUUGGAGGGUGACCCUGUCACUCUUAGCUGCCUCCCGGCUGGCAGUCCCCACCCACAAAUCAGCUGGACUAAAGAUAAGAGACCACUGGAGAUGGACGACAGGAUAAACCUGAUCUCCUGUCCAGACGGCAGGCAGCUCGUUACGAUCAUGAAGACCAGCAGGAGGGACGCAGGGCUCUAUGAGUGUGUGGCCAGUAACCCCUUAGCCAGCAUCACCAGCUCCUGCACACUGUCCCUGGCCUGUAUCCCCAAAAGGCCAGGCACCCCGGAGGUUCCCCAGACGUACAACAACACAGCCCUGGUGCUAUGGAAACCAGCCGACACCAAGCCCCCCUGUAGCUACUCUCUGGAGAGGAAGACAGAAGGUGACGCUAACUGGCUGAUCAUAGCGACUGGAGUGGCUGACUGUUACUACAACGUCACAGACCUGCCACCAGGGGGUGCCUUUAGGUUCAGAGUGGCCUGCGUCAACAAGGCUGGACAGGGACCCUACAGCAACACAUCGGACAAAGUCAGCCUGGGCUCAACAGUAGGCGUGUCCUCUCCAGCGGUGGCCAUUGUGAAGACAAUCUCCUCACCUCCCCCCCACCCUGCCCCAUCCGCUACCACCUUGGUGACCGUUAUCCCAAAGGUCAAACCAGCAGUAAUGCAACCUCCUGGUAAAAUGGUGUCCACUGUCUCUCCCUCUUCACCCUCCCUUACACAGACCUCUCUAACCUCCCCUGCGCCCUUCCCUGCUCCCACCGCAGCUCUCUCUCCCUCUACACCUGCGGCCCCCUCCAGCCCUGCCAUCACAACCCCUCCAACUGAACCCCUGACGGUCACCCCUACCACCCCUCCAACUCUCCCCUCCCCGCCUGUAGUCAAACCUCCUCCCUUCGUCCUCCCCAAACCCCAGAGUCCUGUCAACGUGGUCCCACCCAUGACCCAAACCCCACCCAUCUCUCCCCCUCUCCCUCUCGUUACACCUCCUUCCACCCCCACCAAGCCCGUCAUGGCAUCCGUUCCUACCUACGCCCCUGCCGCCGCUGCCCGUAUGGCCCCCAGCCCCCUCCCGGCCCCCUCCUUCUCCCCCCAAGUGCUCCAGGUCAGCAGUCUGAGCCCAAUAGGGGAGGGGAGGGGCACCCCUGUUCGAGGGACCCCCAGGGACCGCACCACACCUAAGCCGGGUGAGACAGCUCUACGACAGGGAGUCCCACAGAAGCCCUACACCUUCCUGGAUGAGAAAGCCAGAGGGCGGUUCGGUGUGGUCCGGGAGUGUCGAGAGAACGCCACAGGACACGUCUUCAUGGCUAAGAUCGUUCCGUACGACCAGGAGACUAAGAAGUCCAUCCUGCAGGAGUAUGAGAUCCUCAAGUCUCUCCACCACGACAAGGUCAUGACCCUCCACGAGGCCUACGUCACCCCACGUUACCUGGUACUGGUGGCUGAGUACUGCACUGGGAAGGAGCUGCUCCACAGCCUUAUAGACAGGUUCCGUUACUCGGAGGAUGACGUGGUGUGUUACCUGGUUCAGAUCCUUCAGGGUCUGGAGUACCUCCACAACAGACGCAUCCUCCACCUGGACAUCAAGCCUGACAACGUCAUGGUCACCAACCUCAAUGUCAUCAAGAUCGUAGACUUUGGCAGCGCGCAGAACUUCAACCCUCUCUCCCUCAAACAGUACAACAGCGGCCUGGGCACACUAGAGUAUAUGUCUCCGGAGAUGGUGAAAGGUGAUGUGGUCGGCCCUCCAGCUGACAUCUGGAGCCUGGGGGUUCUAACCUACGUCAUGCUUAGCGGUAGGCUGCCCUUUCAGGACAAAGACCCACACCAGACUGAGACCAAAAUCCAGAUUGCCAAGUUUGACCCGACCAAGUUCUACCCCAACGUGUCCCAAAGUGCCUCGAUGUUCCUCAAGAAGAUGCUGAGUAGCUAUGCCUGGGCCCGUCCGAGCACCAAGGACUGUUUCACCCACGCAUGGCUGCAGGACUCGUACCUGAUGAAGCUGAGGAGACAGACGCUCACCUUCACCACCACCAAGCUGAAGGAGUUCCUGGGGGAGCACCAUCGACGUCGCACCGAGGUCGCCACCAAACACAGGGUCCUCCUACGCUCCUACUCCAGCUCAGCUUCUUCAACCACAUCGACCACACCAAAUCUACCUAAGUGAAGGCAUAUGACUUAUGUCAGUGUUAACUAGCCACCAGAGGGUGGAGGUAUGGGGGAUGUGUGGUGCACAACAGUGGGCUCCAUGAUAGAAGUUAUAGGAGUGGAGACUAGAGCCAUGAGCAUUGCACCAGCCCACAGACUGCAUGGAGUCUCUUUCUACUGAGACCUAACAGAAUGAAUCUCGGACAGUUCAUCAACUGAGAUUUUAAUCCAGUUGUUGGAUUGUUGGAUACCACAGUUUCAAAAUAUUGAGUUAUCGUUUGUUUUUGGACCUGGCACGAUUUGGUUCUGUUUCAGGUCUACUGUCUGCUAGUACUACUCCGAGCUUGCUAUCGCAAUGUGUGUAGAACUUUGAAAUAUAUAAAACAGGACAUUUGGUUUGGAAAAUUCAUUCAAUACAAUUAACCUGGAACACACAUAUUUGUCAGUUUGAUUUUAGAGCACAGCCUUAUUUCUGCAUCCUGAUAUUUGGUGGUGAUUAUGUGAAUGUACCAUCAUUUAUGCUGCUAAUUUAUGUUGCAUUUAUUUACACAUUUCAAAAACGCAAAACCAAAAAUAAAAACGUUUUUGUUCAUGAAA